AUGCGUGUGUGAGUGUGGAUUUAUUCAUAGCGAGAGAGGUCCCAAGGAAAAUCAGAAGUUUUGGGGAUGUGAAAUAGGUUUUUAUAUAAUAUUAGUACCCAUAUACACACACAUAGCCUUAGCGAAACGAAAUAUUCAAAGUAAUAUUACCACACACCUUGAAUCAUAGGCGAGUGCGGGCGAAGAAAGGCAACGACAAUUCUGCAUUUGUGUGUGUGCCGUGUGUGUGUGUGUGCACUAGAACCCUAUUGCGGCUGUAUGUGUGUUUGGUUUUGUGUGUGAAUGAAAAACCUGCAAUUGUGAAAAAUAUAACCAAAAAUAAAGGAAAUUCAGGCGACGGCGGCGGCGGCAACGACUACUACGACGACGACGACGUUUGUGGCCAGUGCGAGAGUGCGUUGACUUGGUCGCAAUCCGAGGAGCAGCAGCAGGGCGGGAUGGCGGACGCUCAGCAGCAGCAGCAGCAACAACAACAACAGCAACAGCAGACGCAACAGACGCCAGCGGUGGCUAUUGGCAAGAAGAAGUGCAAAAACAAGAAGAAAAUAGCUGAAAAGCAGCAACUGCAGUUGCAGUUGCAGUUGCAAUUGGCGGCGCAUCAGAGUAAACAGCCAAUCGCCAAUGGUCAUGCCGGCGGCCAUGAGGAUGCAGAGCUAGUGUCGGGUGCGGAUGCUGAGCUGCUCCUGAAACAUGAGUUCCAGAAGUUGCAUAUCUGCAAUGGCCAUGGCGCUGGCGAGGAAGCAGAGGCGGCCAAUGCCACGCCCCUGCCAGCACUGAAUGGCCAUGCACAUGGCCACAAUAACAACAAUAACAAUCACAUCCGAAGCAGCAGCAGCAGCGGCAACGGCAACAGCAACAGCAACAAUAGCCAUUACAACAACAACGUGGACAGCAGCAACAAUAAUAAAGCGAAAAGGAACAACAGCAAGCAGAAGAAGCAACAGCAUCAGCAGCAGACCACAACCAUAACAUCCACAAUAGCCACAAGCGACACCACUGCCAACACACAAACAACCACAGCAACAACCACAAAGACAACGCCGACAGCGGUCGUAACGGGGACUGAGAUGAUGGCAUCCACCUCAGCGGAGGCUGUCCCAGAAGCCGAUGCCGAUGCGGAUGCAGAGCCAGAUGCAGAUGCAGUUGCCUCGCCCAUAGUUGAGCUCCAGCUUGAACCUGCCACAUUAGCCACGGAGAUUGUCUACAAGGAAUACGAGGCCGAGCAUCAAAUGCACGACAUUAUGCGUCUGAUCCAGGCGGAGCUCUCCGAGCCUUAUUCGAUAUACACGUAUCGGUAUUUCAUUUACAACUGGCCAAAACUGUGCUUCCUAGCCUCGCACGAUAAUCAGUACGUGGGCGCCAUCGUAUGCAAGCUGGACAUGCAUAUGAACGUGCGACGCGGCUACAUAGCCAUGCUGGCGGUGCGCAAGGAGUAUCGCAAGCUCAAGAUCGGCAGCACACUGGUAACCAAGGCCAUUGAGGCCAUGCUGGCGGACAAUGCCGAUGAGGUGGUGCUCGAGACGGAGAUGCGCAAUGAGCCGGCGCUGCGUUUGUACGAGAAUUUGGGCUUUGUGCGUGAUAAGCGACUGUUUCGCUACUAUCUAAACGGUGUGGAUGCGCUGCGCCUGAAACUCUGGUUCAGAUGAGUCGAGCCGGCGGCUGCCGUUGAGAUUGUCGUCUAAAAGUAGCCGCCAUCGCCGAAGACGACGCAACACGACAACACCGCCAGCAGCAGCAGCAGCAGCAGCGUCAGCAAACAGAAGCCGCAGCAUCAGCAUUACUUCCAGGCCACUGUUUUGCAGUGUGGUCCCACAAUGUCCCUGCUCAUCGGCGGCUAAAUAUGUCUUUUUUUUUGUGUACCCCCCCGCAUCCCCUCUGCCUACUCCCACUAUCGUUUUGUAUCGUCUCUCUCUCUCUCUAUCUAUCUCUAUCUCUCUCUCCCUCGCUUUGAUUUGUAAAUUAUUUUACUUACUCUUCCCUUUCUGCCUUUCUUCCUUCCUUGAUUCUUUGUUCAAACGUAUGGCUUAGACACACACACACACACACAUACACACACACACACAUAACGAAAUUGAAGUUUUUUUACAUAAGGCAAUUUUUGUAUGGAAUUACGUGAUUUACAUGCAUAAUAGAAAAACAAAAAAAAAACAAAAGAAAAAAACUAUACCUUAAGUUCGUAAGCAAGCAAUUAGUUAUGUACAUUCAAAACUACCUUUAAAUAGGCAAUAGACGCGACAUACAUGGCAUUUCGCAUCGUAUCAUCUGCAGCCACGAUUCAGAUGCCACACGGAAUGCAUUCAUAUAUAUAUAUAUAUAUAUGCCACACGCCCGCACACAUACAGAGAGAAAAAAGCUAUACACUUAGAAUCAAAUGUUUUUGUAUAAAAGAUCCAUUGGAGCCAAGGAGAUUGGGAAGGAAAUUCUAACGAACAACUCAAUUGUAUAUCAAAACAAAACAGAACAACAACAAAAAUAAAAACGAAAAUUGGAACAAAAUUAAGGACAUAUACACGACACGAAACACACACACACAAGCAUAUUGUAGCGAUAUAUAUAUAUACAUAUACAUACCUGUACGACUGUGCAAUUUGCGAGUGUAAUAGGUUUAAAGA